AUGGCUCCAGUGCCGCCGGUUUCACAAACACCGACGCGUUCGCGAAGCGAGCUGGAGUUGAAGUCCAAUGAGCCCCAAGCUCGAGGCACCGGAGGCACAGCCCCGGCCCAUGUGAGCCGGGAUUGGGUCUCGACGAUGAAGCCAGGCUCACGGCCUGCCUCCUCUGCAGCAGUGUCGCUCGCAUUGAAACCAGGCAUGCGGCCCCCUUCAGGACGCUCAAUCCCAACUUUGGGGCCAGGCCUCUCAGCGCGGCCCUCGUCGCUGUGCGCCUCGCUAUGCGCCUCAGAGAGUGGAUCGCCUCGCCUGCCAGAGAUCUCGUGGUUGCCUCCGCUGGGGAAGCCUUUGCAGGGCUGCCGUUCCUCGCCCACGUUGAGUCGAGGACGUGGUUGGAGAAGUUUAGGGUCACCGCGCUUGGGUGACGAGGGCCCUCGGCCGUCGCAGCCUCGAAUGCGGAAUUAUGAUCCAGUCAUAGUCCAACUCCAUCUCAACAGAUGUCUAGUUCAGCUUCGCUACUGGAAGCAGCCGCUGAAGACCUUUCAGCUUCACAGCCCUUCCUCUCAGGGCUGCCAGCGAGACUUCCUGGGCUGGUGUUUCGGAGGCGGUAAUGUGCUGUGUCUCACCGCGCCUGGAAACUGCCAGGUGCUGCAUGUGACUGACGAAUGCGAGAAGGGGUUGGAGUACACGGAGCUCUGUGAAGCAGUUCGUAACAUCCGGCCCCAGCUGAUCCCACGGAGGCCUGGGAUCCGAAAUCUUGAGCCUACAGUCCGCAUAUCCAAGCACGAGGCACUGUGUCUUGCAGAGGCCUGUCCCAAGAACUGCCCGUUCAGCGCCGAAAUCAAUGACCCAAAGGAGCUGCGGCCUCGGUUUCAGGAGGAAGAGCGGGAGUGUGGCACCAAGGGAACCAUUCCCAACCAGACCAUCCCUGAGCGGGAGAAGACGAAGGAGAACCCCUAUUGCCGCUACUGCGAAGUGGAAGCAUGUGCCCAAUGCACAUCCUCCAAGCCCGGCGAGGAGGACGAAGCAGUGGAGAAAUGCCAGAAGUGCAUGAUGGGCUACACUCUGUCCGAAGAUGGGAAGGAGUGCACUAGCCAUGGCGAUGACAUUUUCUUGGUGCUCGCUGCAAUUGGUGCGGUCGCAGGGCUGCUGGGUGCGGGCUGGUAUGUGAGCUUGGCCAUGAAGCCGACUGUGAACGUGGAGGGUCUCCAGUACGCGCAGUCAAGCCACAUGCGAAUGAUGAUCACUCAGGAUCACCAUGGAGACGAGGGUCAACCGUACCCGUUCGGUACCAACCUGAUGUCCAAAACCGUGGCCGGGCCCGGCGCAACGGCACUCUUUCGCUUCCAGGGCGCAGUGCUCCUUUGGGGCUUCCUCGUGCUGCUCCUUUGGUUUGCCUUCGUCCUGUUUGUCAGCAAGGAUCUGCUGAUUCUCGGCAACCGCCCGGCUUCCACGCCUCGUCAGCUUUGCGAGGUGGUUUUCUGGGGACGGCACAGACAGAUGGAGCUGAUUUGGACCAAGUGUACUUGGAUCGUUUGCGCCUACCUGCUUGGCACCAUUGGUGCUGUGACCUAUGGAAUCAUGAUGGCCAAGUUUUUCGUGAGCUUCGACAGUGAACGUGCGACGCUCUCCGACUAUGUUGCGGUGCUCGAGGGCGUGCCAACGAUCACGGGAGAUGAGCCUGCGGAGGCUUUGUUGAAGGAGGCCGUGCAGAAAGCAGUUGGUGAGGACGUUGCCAAGGACAUCAUUGCCGUCUCGGUCGGUUGGAAUUUCUCGGAGCACGUGUCCCAGGUCAGGCACUUCAUUGACGAAGAGGUCGCAGAAUUCCACGUGGAGCACGGUGAGCCGAAGGAGACCCCAGAGGGUAGCGGCGAUGAGUUCAAUGGGGCCUGCGGCAAGAUAUCGAAGCAAGUCCUGGAGAAAUGGCACAUCCACUUGGACGGCCAUGGACACGAGUUUGAGGUGGAGGACCUCAAGAACAAUCUCAAGAGCCUUGAGACGGCGCCGACAUCUUACGUGAUCUUCAUGAAAGAGGAUUCCAGGGACCAGGCCAUCGAGGCAGUCAAGGAUUCCGGCAUCAAAAUCAAGGAUGCAACCUGCUCGCUGCGUGCCGAGACCUACGAGCCUGAGGCCCUCUUCUGGCACAAUCUCCACAUCACUCCGGCUCAGCGGUCAGGGCGUUUCGUGGGAGCAAGCGUGCAGAUUUUCCUGGUUUGCAUGGCGUGGACAGUUCUGCUCUACCUGCCCUAUGCGCACUAUAUGGCCGCCUUCUCGUAUGCCAACGGUGAUGAGCCCAGCCCGGUUGCCGAGAGCGUUUUUGUCGGCCUCGUCGUGGGUGCUCAGGCCCAUCGACACUGUGAUUCGCCCAAGUUCUGUGGUGCGGCAAAGGAGAUGCUUUUUGUCUCUGAGAUCCGCGGGGUAGACGCCGCAUCGCCUCUGCCCGUUCUUAAGCUCUUCGAACUCAGGGCCCGUGGUGACCAUUCGUGGGUAGGAGGGAUGCUGACAUGCAUGUGGAUGAACAGAGAGUCCUGGCUCGUGCUGAGCAUCCUGACACUGGGUGCCAGCUUCUUUCUGCAAGCAACGGUCUUGGGGGGCUGGAUGCUCUUUCUGGAGAAGCAUGAGGACGACGAUAUGGACGUGCUGCGGCGCGUAGCCAUCGUGGGUGCCGUGGCACCGCUUCUCUUCAAUGCGGUCUUGUCCACCUUGUUGGUGUCUGCCAUGGUCAAGAUGGCCAGACAAGGCCAGCUCGCUUUUCCGGGAUGGAGCCUGGAGGAGCCACCUGGGUCUUACACGGCCUUCCGGUUCUGGGACAUCGUGCGGAAAUUCUUCGUGCUAUCCAUCCCAAUAUUCUGGACCUGCAUCCUGUGUCUGGAUUGUGCAGCGGUCAUGCACCGUCAGAAGAAGCAAGACCACCGGCUUUGGAUGAAGAUGACCAUCUUCUCCAUUCUUCCAUGCCUGCUGGACUUGAAGAUCGCUGUGGAUGGGGCCUUCCAGGCAGCAAGCUACCACUACGGCAGAGUGAUGUUCCGAAAAAGCCGGGGGUCACGGCGUGGCUCUCGCGAGUACGACGCUUUCCUGCGCCGCUGCCCCACCGGGCGCUUCAGCGAGGUGUGCGAGGCUGCAGAUGCCGAAAGGCAGCUCCUCGAGCAGGAUGUGUGUGUGAUCUGCCUCGAACCUUUCGAAGUGGACCACCAGGUGGCAGAACUGCCUUGCAAGCACCUCUUUCACUUCCAUUGCAUCCGGCGCAACUUCAAGAAGAACUGGGCUCUAAUGAAGCGGGAUCAGAAGCACAGGGUCUACAUCAUCUUCUACAACGCUGCCUUGAUUCUGAACCUCGUUAUGGACAUCGCCCUGCAGGGCUAUCUCAGUUACCUGCAGAUGGUCGGCGUAGGCGCGCGUGUGGCAGAUGGCCGCCUUCUGGGGAGCUUGCAGAGCUUCCAGGAGAUCUUCGAGUCCUUCCCCAUGCAGAAAUCGGUCGGCAAGCUUUUGUUCAAAUACUGUUGGCCCUGUACCUUCCUGGUGCCCUUCGCCGUGGAGCCGUUCCUGGCACAGCUAGGCCCUUACCAGGUUGGUUCCAUGCUCAUCCGGAGCAAUGCGAGAGUCCGGGGUGAGAACGCCGAACGCGCCUUGGAGUUGUCUGAGAUGGAGCAGGGCCGAUAUGCGGAUAUAAUCUUCAACCUCAUCCUUGUUGCGUGCAUUCCCUUCAUAGCACCGGCAUACAUGGCUUGGACCUAUGGCACGUUCAUGGUGUCUCACUUGUAUAUCUACUGGUAUGAUCACUGGAAGACGCUUCGAUGGGCACGGAAGUUCUACUUCUCCAGUGAUGAGGUGCACUGGUUUGGACAGCAGCUCCUUUGCUUGCCUCUUGGGGUACUGGCAGCAAGUGCGGUCUUCAAAAUCAACCAGUGGAGUGGAGGGGUCACUGGAGGACUUGGCUCUGGAGUGCUCAAAGGCGCCACACUCUGGGGUGCGAUGGGUGCAGCAUUUACUCUCCACGUUGCCGUGCAUCUCGCUCUGCUGACCUUCGUCGUGAAGCCGAUGCGUUCCGACCCCGACAAGGCUCCGAACGAGAUGCCGUUCUCCAAAGUCGCCGAGGAGGAGGCGGCCACGCACCUGUCAACGAAUCCUAUCCAGUGCCUGCGGUCCAAGUACAUCUUGGGGGACUCUCCGCCGCUUAGCCCCUUUGUGCUUGGAAAGGAGAAGGUCAUGAAGGCAAAUCCGAAACUCGGCGCCUACUUCGACGGGGAAGUGGACGCCGCGCAGAAGGCGAAGUUCAGAGAAGAACGGCGCUCACGAUUGAGCCAAACGAAGGAAGAGGCUGCUCAUCCGCCAGACGAGGUGCAGACGACGCAGACGCAGAGAAGGCGCCAGACGCGUGAGACGAGCCCGGACGCCUUGGACACACCGGUGUCGGACGGUGGAAGGGUCGUUUCCUCCUCGAAUCGCUUCCAAAGCGAAGAGGUGCUGGAGAGAGAUCGGCAGAGGCAGCGCGCUGCUGCCUGCGAUCUCCGCAGCCGUGGGGGCGGUCGCCACAAUGCCUCUCCGGCACGCUCGCAUGCAGCCGCGCUGUUCUUCGGCCAGGGAAUUCAAGAGGAUCCCGUGCAUCUGCCGCCGGGAGCCUUGCAGCACGUUGCGCGGCCACCCUCCAGGUCGAUGCACAUCAUGCCCAACAAUGCCGCCGGCCCCGUGAAUGAGAUCAUCGGUGCUCACGCCGGGGAGGAAGGCGCGAGCCAGCAGGAUUCCGAUGAGGGAUCAUCCGCUACUUCUUCGGAGGAAGAAGAAGGCACCGAGUUGCAGUCGGAUGAUGAGGGCGGAGCGGGCGGUGGAGGACGCAGGCGAAGUUCCAAAGAGAGCGAAGUUUGGAAGCCGGCGAUGCCCAGGAAGCACAUCCCACAAGUACUGAGCAUCAAACGCAAGGUAGAAGACCUGCCGGAUAUCAACACACUCUACGAGCCACGUGAGCUAGCGCAGCUCUUUAAAUGCGUGGACGCCUACGUCCACCUCGUCCUCCCUCCGGGCGGCUCCUCUGUGGCCCACAGCCCGGACAUGUUCCUCGCCUCCAUGCUCGCCUCACUCGGCUCGGGGAGCCCAACAGGGCGCCCGAUAACGCCCAGCACCGACGUCGGAGGUGCAGGUACGGGUUACCUCCGCGAUCGGGAGGGGCCCUUGGUGCUGCGGCCCAUCUUCUGCAGGCUGAGCGUUCUGGUGUUGUUCAGCAGCAGACAUACCAGUACAUGUACCGCUACCUUAUGA